GUUCUCGCCAAUAUUUUUGCGCCGAUUCUCGUCUCUCUCUGCAAAAAUUUCGUUUCAUCUCUUCUCUAUUUUUCUGCAAUUCUGAAAGAGCCUCUCUCUUUCACUCUCAGUUAACGUUAACUGACAAUCCCUAAGUAGACCAAACAGCUUUUCUCUUCGAAUCGAUUCUUCUUACGAUUUCUCGGCAAGUAUGAUGGGAGACGAUUGCAAUUUACUUGUAAUGCCUCCGAGGAAGAAGAAUAAAGGAUCCAAUAAGUCUGAUAAGCUGAAACUAAAGAAGAAGGCGACACUGAGCAAAUCUCAGAAACGGAGGCUGAAGAAAUUUGAAGAAGACAAGGCGAAAGAGAUCCUCUCUGCAAAAACCGCAGAGUUGUUAGACAAGUAUAAAAUAUCUGAGGAUGUGUCAUCGCUUUUACAAUCCUCAACAGUUAUAGGAAGGUCGGCGACAAAGCUAGAGAAACGUAGGAGAUCAAUGCAACUUUCUAAAGCUGGUGUUGUGAAUGAGGAUUCUGAUGAAAAAGUCGAGCAACAAGACGACUCUGAUGCUUGUAUGGCCGAAGAACCUACCAAACCGGAACAUGCUGAAAUCGUAACCCCGAGUUUCGAAACUGAUUCUGAGCAACCGGUUCAUGCUCCUGAACUCGGUUCUGAAGUGAUGGUUCCUGCUGAAGAGGCCUUUGAAGAAGAUGCAAAUGUGGAUACGAUCUUACAGAGAACUCGUCAUGAUGAUGAUGAUGAAGAAGGCUUAGAAAGAAUGGAUGAGGGAACUGUAGAAGGACCUUGUGUGCCCGCGUUUGUAGUUCAUGUAUCAAGACCAGCCGAAGUUGAAGAGACGAGGAAGGACCUUCCUAUAGUGAUGAUGGAGCAGGAGAUAAUGGAAGCUAUAAACUAUCAUCCGACAGUUAUUAUUUCAGGACAAACCGGUUGUGGUAAAACCACCCAAGUUCCUCAGUUUCUUUAUGAAGCUGGUUUCGGUUCAAAGCAAUGCAGUUCUCGAAGUGGGAUUAUCGGGAUUACUCAACCACGCCGUGUGGCGGUCCUUGCCACCGCCAAGAGAGUGGCGUUUGAGCUCGGUCUUCGUCUUGGUAAAGAAGUCGGGUUUCAAGUUAGGUACGACAGAAAGAUUGGUGAAGACUCCUCUAUUAAGUUUAUGACCGAUGGGAUUCUACUUCGUGAAAUUCAGAAUGAUUUCUUGUUGAGGCGUUACUCUGUGAUAAUUCUCGAUGAAGCCCAUGAGAGAAGCUUGAACACAGACAUUUUAAUUGGGAUGCUCACUCGAGUCAUUAAGAUCCGUCAGGAGUACUACGAGGAACAACGAAAGAGUCUACAACCUGAGAACCAAAUCAUCACGCCGCUUAAACUUAUAUUGAUGAGUGCAACUUUGCGAGUGGAAGAUUUUGUAUCGGGGGAGAGGUUAUUCCGUAAAUCACCUCCGGUUAUACAUGUUCCCACUCGACAGUAUCCAGUGACUAUACAUUUCUCAAAGAAGACUGAGAUUGUUGAUUAUAUCGGUCAAGCUUACAAGAAAGUGAUGUCGAUGCACAAAAAGUUACCGCAAGGAGGAGUACUUGUUUUUGUGACCGGGCAGAGAGAAGUUGAGCAUUUAUGCGAGAAGCUGCUUAAGUCUUCAAAGGAACUUGUUGUUAAAGCUGCUAAAAGAGAUGCUUUUGAGAAGAAAAACUGUGACGAUGAUGGGUCGUUUGGUGGUGUUGACAUGAAGGAGAUUAAAGAAGCGUUUGAUGAUGGCGGCUCCAACGAUGAAAGUUACAGGUUUAGCUCUCACGGAGAAGAUCCUUAUGAAACUGGUGACUUUCGUGAUGAUUUUGAUGAUGAAGACAUGUUUGAGUCUGAUGAAGAAGGCGACUGGGAAAUAGUUGAUGAUGGCCUUGCGAAUUCAUUUGUAGAGGAAGGAGGGAGACUUGAUGCUCUUAGAGCAGCGUUUAAAGCUUUGGCAGACAAAAAGGGAUCCGGAUCCGAAUCUGCUGUUGAGCCAACAAAUUCCAUUGCAGCAGAGAAGCAAGAAGUUGAGAAUCAAGAAAAGAAAACGUUUUCUCCUGGAAAAUUACGUGUUCUUCCGCUUUAUGCGAUGCUAUCUCCAGCUGCACAGCUCCGAGUGUUUGAGGAAGUUGAGGAAGGAGAACGACUUGUGGUCGUGGCGACUAAUGUAGCUGAAACUUCUCUGACUAUUCCGAGUAUAAAGUAUGUGGUUGAUACAGGUCGUGCUAAAGCGAAGAACUACGAUAUCAAGACUGGUAUGGAAACUUAUGAGGUAGAUUGGAUUAGUCAAGCUUCAGCUAGUCAACGAGCCGGAAGAGCUGGACGAACCGGACCUGGUCACUGCUACCGUCUCUAUUCAUCAGCGGUUUUCAACAAUAUCUUUGUGGAAUCUUCUCCUCCUGAAAUCAAGAAAGUUCCUGUUGACGGAGUCAUUCUUCUCAUGAAAUCUAUGAACAUUCCAAAGGUUGAGAAUUUCCCGUUUCCAACUCCGCCUGAGCCAUCAGCUAUUAGAGAAGCAGAACGGUGCUUGAAGGCUUUAGAGGCCCUCGACAGCAACGGAAGGUUAACCCCAUUAGGGAAGGCUAUGUCUCACUAUCCCAUGAGCCCACGUCACUCAAGAAUGCUUCUCACUGUCAUCCAAAUGCUGAAAAAGGCACAGAACUACUCCCGCGCGAAUCUCGUCCUCGGAUACGCUGUUGCAGCUGUAGCCGCGUUGAGUUUGCCAAACCCUUUGAUAAUGCAGUUUGAAGGAGAGGAUAAAAACGAGUCCGAAGAACCAUCUAAAACCAUCAAGAAGGAAGAAGAUAAACAACGGAAAAGAGAUCGGAAAGAUAAAAUCAAAGCCGCUCGUGACAAAUUUUCCAACCCGAGCAGCGAUGCUUUAACCGUAGCUUACGCGUUGCAUGCUUUUGAGGUCUCCGUGAAUGGUGUGGGCUUCUGCGAGUCGUACGGCUUGCAUUUGAAAACCAUGAGCGAAAUGUCUAAGCUCAAAGAUCAGCUUCUGCGUCUUGUUUUCAGCUCUUGUAAGCCUUCUGACACUGAAAAUGUUUUCUCAUGGACUCAUGGGACUAUACAAGACGUAGAGAAAUCAUGGAGAAACACUGCAUCGUCUUCCUCAAAAUCCCCGCUUUUACAGAACGAAGAAGAGCUCUUAGGAGAAGGCAUAUGUGCGGGAUGGGCAGACCGUGUAGCCAGAAAGAGCAAAGCGACAGAGUACCAAGCGUGCGCGGUUCAAGAACCCGUUUUCUUGCACCGUUGGUCGUCUCUCAUAAACUCGGCCCCAGAAUUAUUAGUCUACAGCGAGCUUCUACUCACCAACAGACCGUACAUGCACGGAGCGACACGGGUUAAGCCCGAGUGGCUUGUUAAACACGCAAAGUCGCUCUGUGUGUUAUCUGCGCCACUCAAGGACCCGAAACCGUAUUACUCGAGUAAGCUGGAUAGAGUUUUCUGCUGGGUUGUUCCUAGUUUCGGUCCUCAUCUUUGGGAGCUUCCUGCUCAUAGUGUAGCGGUAAGAGACGAUAGAGACCGAGCAGCAGCUUUCGGGUGCGCUUUGCUUCAAGGAGAGGUGUUGCCUUGUUUGAAAAGCGUUAGGCCAUUGAUGGCUGGGAAACCUGAAACGUUGUUGGAAAGAGAAGCUUGGGGUUUGGAAAGAGUUGGGGGUUUGGUGACAGCGUUGGAAGAGAAAAAGGUUGAUAGUUUGGAGAGUUUGAGAAAGGUUUGGGAAGAUAAUUCGAACGUGCUUUACUCUGAGAUUCAAAAUUGGUUUCAGAGUAAGUCUCGUCAUCUUGUUAAAGAUCUCUGGCAGAGAAUGUUGCAGGAGGCUGAGGUCAUGCCUUUGGAAGGAUCUGGGAAGUUGAAGAGGUGAGUGUGUUUUGAAUUUUUGAAUAUGGAAAUGUUUGAUCUAUUUUGAAACUAAAGAAUUGAGUAAAACAUGGAACAAAUAUUUAAUUUUUGGCUGAAAUUUUUGGUUGAUUUGCUUCAGUCGUUAUAACAAGAUGAAAAGUUCUUGACUUGUGUCAUGAAUUGUAAAACAGAGCAGAUACAAAAUCGGAUUUGCACCCAAAAAAGAAAGCAGAUACAAAAUCGGACAAUUUUACUAGACAUACUAGGUGACUUCCUGGGGUUCAUUUUAUUUUCUUUAAAUUGAUAACAUUGUUUUAUAUAGAGUUGGAAAAAUCAAGUUUUAUAAUCUGGAUUUAUUUGAAAAUUAAAAUUAAUAUGU